UUCUAGCAACAGUAGGAUAUUUUGUUUUUCACAUAGCUGUCUGGUGUAACUUGAGUUUCAAUGAUGCUUUAUUUUGAAAGUUUGGAGUGGAUGUGACGUCUUUGAAUGAGUGUGGCUUGACACUUGGUGGAGAUGGCGGCCGUCCUGCUGCAGGUUCUGGAACGGACGGAGUUGAACAAACUCCCGAAAGGCGCCCAGAACAAGCUCGAGAAGUUUGUAACGGAGCUACAGCAUGCUAACGAGGCGCUCAAGACGCAGCACGAGCGGUUCAAAGCAGACAGUGAACAGCAGUAUUUUGACAUUGACAAGAGACUGGCGGAGAGUCAGGAACAGAUCCUCUCUGCCACCAAAGACCUGCAGACACUUAAGGAGCAAAAUAAAAAACUCAAUGACGAGCUGAGCACUCUGAAGGGAAUAGAGGGAGAGACCUCUGAAGAUAAACCACCACAACAGCAAACCAAGGCCAAGUAUGAGAUUGAGGCAGAAAAGAGAGAGCUGACGAGGCUGCUGGAGAGGAGAACGCAGGAGGUGGAAAACCUUACUGAGGAUGUGAAGCGUCUGAAUGAGAAGCUGACAGAGACCUGCAAAGUCAAGAUGGAACUGCAGUUAAAACUGGAUGAUAUACAAUCAUCUGAGACUUCUGUACAGCACCGGGAGAAGCGUAUGGAGCAGGAGAAAGAGUUACUCGAGAAGAAAAUGGAGUGGUUAACUGCAGAACUGAAGACCAAAACUGAUGAACUGUGGAACAUCAACAGAGAGAAAGGCAAAGAGAUACUGGAGCUACAGGGUAGUCUGAAGAACAGCAAGGAGCAGGUGACCAGACUGGAGCGUCAGCUCACUUCUCUGAAGGAAACCAGUGAAAGCCAAAGUAAAAGAGCUGGAGACCUCAACAACAAAUUGAAACAGGCUAAAGACGAACAGAGUGCCAUGGAAGAGAAAUACCGCAAUGAACUCAACGCUCAUGUCAAGUUGUCUUCACUCUACAAGGGGGCUGCAACAGACAUGGAGACCAAGAACCAAGAACUGAGCAGAGCAGUGGAAGAGCUCAGCAAGCUGGUUAAAGACAUUGGGGAAGCUAAUAAGGCUCUAGAAAAGAAGGUGUCGGAGGGAGAAGAACUAAAGACGCACCUUGAGGCAGAGCUUAGAGAGAAGAUCAAGAAAAUGGAGAAAGAGCUGGAAAACGCAACAAUGAAGGCUGCUGGCAAACACUGCUGUGUGCCCUCUCUGACUGAGGAGCAAUUGGACUCCAUGUGUCCAUCGGCAGCUGCCAUCGCUGCAAUUGUCAAGCCUGGCAUGAAGUUCUUUGAUCUGUAUAAUGCGUAUGCAGAGUGUCAGACGCAGCUUCAGCUUGAGAAGCAGGAGACCAGGAGAGUGAGCAGAGUUCUGGAUGAGAUUGUCCAGGAGGUUGAGUCCAAGGCUCCUGUCCUCAAGCGUCAGAGAGAAGAGUACGAGAGCAUGCAGAGAUCCAUGGCUUCCUUGUGCAACAAGCUGGAACAAGCUCGAGCGGAGAUCUACAGUUUGCAGAAAGAGAAAGAGGAGGCCAAGCAGUGCUGUGAUACCAUGGAGAGAGCCAAACUAAGGACAGAGAGACAGUUGGAGGAUACAUCUACACAGGUGUGUGCUCUUCUGGUGGAGCUGGAGGAAGCCAGAGGUAAUCAGGUGACCAAGGACGAAGGCAGCUCCGCCAACAUUUCCAGCACCUCUGAGGUCAUCAGUCCACGCCAUUUGUCCUUCCGCAGUGUGGAGGAGCUGCAGAGGCAGAACCAAAGCCUGCUAGGAAGGCUGAGGGAGCUGGAGGAGGAGAAGGACAGACAGCAGAGUCAAGUAACAUCAGCACGUGUGUCAGAGUUGGAGGCCAGUGUGGAUAAGCUUCAGAAGGAGGCAGAGCAGCUGAGAGAGCAGCGGAACCAGCAGAAACAGCUGGCUGACUCCAGCGCCAGACAGAGAGACAUGUACAAGGCCCUUCUGACACAGAGCACCGGCUUCAGCCUGCCUCUUCAAGGUUCAGAUUCUUCAUCCCACCCUGAACAUGUAAAGCCCUCAGUCCCAGCUACUCGCUCUACUCCUCAGAGAGCUGCUGCUACCGAGUCAGCACAGACUGCUCAGGCUAAAGCUGCUUUAAAACAGCUGAAUGAUGCCUUUACUCUGUACAAGAAGGAGAAGGCAGAGAACGACAGGAUGUCGAAUGAAACAAACGACACGCUGCAGAGGCAGCUGACAGAACUCCGCUUCAGCCACGCCAAGAUGACCUCUCAACUAGAGUUCAGCAACAAGAGGUAUGAGAUACUCCAGGAGACUGUAUCAGCCUACCGCAGAGAGAUCUCUGCCCUACAGGACAGGAACCAAAAAAUGGCUGCAACAGCCCAACGACACGAACAGAUCAUCCACACAAUGAGCCAGGACCUGCGACAGGCUAACGAAAAACUGGCAAUGGAAGAGGUGCGGGUACAGAACCUGACUAAAGAGAGAGACAUGUUAAGAAAUGCAGAGAGUCGACUCAAUCGAGAGAAGGAAGCCAUGCUGGCUGAGCAACGUAACCAGAAUCUGCUGCUCACCAACCUAAAGACUAUACAGCUGACGAUGGAGCGUACAGAGGCAGACACUCGCCAGCGACUGAACAACAAGAUAGAGCAUCUGGAGGCAGAACUGGCUUCAAUGAAGACCAGGCUGGACCAGGAAGUAGCACAGAGGCACUCCCUCGGGCGCACCAUGGACGCUCAGUUAUUAGAAGCUAAGAAACAGUUGGAGACCCAGAACAUCUUGCAGCAGAAGACCAGGGAGUUGUUGCAUAGCUCUGAACAGCAGGUGACAACACUGAAAGCCCAGCUGGCUUCUGCUUCAUCCUCUGAGGCUGUUACCACCUCAAGCAGCACGACCACCCCAGCUACCAGAGCUUCAGCCCUCAGAGCACCACUUAGAGUACGCUCUCCAGUGCCAGCAGCCUCACAGCAGCCCGGCCCAUCAGAGCAGGAGCUUGCAGAGGUGAAAGGUCUCCUGCGUACUGCUGAGGAACAGAACAGCGAACUAGCAGAGCAGCUAAAGAAUGCUAAUGCUACUGUGGAGCAGUACAGGGCUGUGGUACUGACCCUGGAAGACAGUCUAAAGAAAGAAAAGGAGUCUCGCUCCCCUCUGGAGAGCCGGCUGAAGGAGUCGGAGGAGGUGCAGAAGCAGCUGGAGAAGAGGAUUUUAGAGGUGGAGAAAAUGAAGCAGCAGGUGCAAGAAGAGAGGAGAAAGGCUGUGGAUGCAGUUGAAAAACAAGUGUGUGAGCUGCAACGCAGUCUGAAGGCCAGCCAGGCAGAGCAACAGGAGGCGCUGGAGAGAGCUGCUGCUGCUGUUACACUAGAGCAGAAGGCCAUACAGGACAGCCUGCUGCAGACUAAGCUAGCUGGAGAGGCGCAGGCUAAGUAUGAGCGGGAGCUAAUGCUUCAUGCUGCUGAUGUGGAGGCUCUGCAGGAGCUGAAGAAACGAACCCAGCAAGAAGCAGCACGGAAGAUGGAGUUAGAGGAGCAACUGAACAAGACCACCUCCCUCCUGCAGGAGAAAACUGCAGGCUGGACCACAGUGGAGAGACAGCUGAAGGAUGAUCUGUCCAAUAAGAGUCGUUGUUGUGCGGAGCUGGGGAAGCAGAAUGCACUCCUUCACCAACAGAUGGAUGAAAUGGCCACCAAGAGUCAGCAGCUGCAACAGCAGGAGCAGCAGCUUGACCUGUCAUUCAGUGGGGAAGGGAAGACCACUGAACAGAUACUAGAAAUACUCAGGUUUGUGCGGCGUGAGAAAGAGAUUGCUGUGGCUAGAUACGAGGCGUCUGAGGGAGAAGCCCUUCGCCACAAACAGCGAGUGGAACACCAAGACAGAGAAGUGAAGGAGCUACAAGAAGCUCUGAAUGCUGAGAGGGAGAAAAUGCAGGAUACAUUGAGGACUCUGGCCCAGCAGGAAGAACAGCUGAAGAACAUGGAGACUAUCAGUGCUCUCCAAGAAACCAACAGGAUGAUGAAACUGGACAGAGAUAAACUGGAACAAGAGCUGCAGCAAGCUCAGGCUAAAGUUACAAAGCUCCAGUCAGACAUCAGCCCACUACAUCACACUUUGUCUCAGCUGUCAGAGAAAAAUGGCUCCCUGCAGGCUGAUAAGAGGAUACUGGAGGAAGACCUCAAACGCUGGAGAGCCAAAGCACAGCAGCUGGUUAGCCAACAGAAAGACGGCGAUGUUGAGGAGAGACAGAAAAUCGCCACUGAGAGAGAAGCUCAGCAGAGACGCAUCACACAGCUAGCUGAAGAGACAGCCAAGCUAAAGACUGAACUGGCAAGAUCCAAUGCCAGUAGUAACUCAGCUCAGUCUCAGCUGCAAGCCCUCAGAGACUCUGUGGCCCGUCUGACGUCGGAGAGAGACACUAUGAAGAAAGACCUGGAAACAAAAAACAGCGACAUUCUGGAGAAGAAUAAGACCAUCACCCAGGUCAAGAAGAUUGGACGACGCUACAAGACUCAAUAUGAGGAGCUCAAAGUCCAGCAUGACAAGCUGGUUGAGGAAACAGCUGCUAAAGCAGGAAGUGAGGUGGGUCCAAGUCAGGAAGUUCAAAAGGAGCUGACUAAAGCCCAGGAGGAGCUCAACAAGGCCAGAGAGGAGCUAAUCACACUGAAAGAGGAGGUGCAGCAAAAACAGGAGGUGGCCCAGAAGUACCAGCAGGAGCUGGAAAAGGCCCAGAAGGAAAACCAGCAGACCAAGGAAAAGUUCCAGGAGGUCCAAAACCAGCUGACACAGAACCAGAACCAGUUGACCCAGGUCCAGUCUCAGUUGUCUCAGACCCAGACUCAACUACAGCAGAAUCAGAACCAACUGACUCAGAGUCAGAAAGAACUUCAGCAAGCCAAGACCCACACCCAGCAGGUGCAGAACCAGUUAAAAUCAGCUCAGUCUCAAGCUCAGGCCCGUCAGAACCAGAUUCAUCAGAUCCAGAGGGAGCUCCAGCAGGCUAAAGAAUCCCUUCAGCAGAACCUUGCUAAUCAGAAAGAGCUACAGCAGACCCACCAAAACAGUCAACAGAGCCACAACCAGGAAGUCAGCAACCUUAAGACUGCUCUCAGCCAAGCAGAGAGCAAGGUGACUGAGCUUCAAAGCCACCUGGACAGCCUGCAGAAGAUGGUUGGUGAGCGUGAAGCAGACAUUAAGCGUCAACAGGAGCAGCUAACUGAAGCUAACCAGGCUAAUGAAGCUAGCCGAGCCAACCAGAACCAGAGUUCCCAGUCCAUCCAGGCCAGUGAUGCUAACGUUGCUAGUGAUGCUAACCAGGCACUACAAGAGGAGCUGGCAAAACUCAGACAAGAGCAGUCUGAGAGCAAGAACAGAGAGGAGCAGCUCAGACAGCAGAUGGCUGAAAAAGAGGAAAAGACAAAGAAGGUCUUCAUGGGAGCCAAGAGCAAAAUCAACCAAUUAAACAGUGCCAAGGAGCAGCUCAGUCAGGAGAUAGAAGAACUGAAACAGAGUAAGGAAGAACUGGAGGUGAGAAUGAACGCCCUCAAGUCUCAGUAUGAAGGACGAGUUCUUCGGUUGGAGAGAGAGCUGAGAGAACUGAGAGAGACACAAGCACACUCUGACCCAAGAGAGGAACCACAGGACCAGAGUGGAGCUAAGGUGGGUGAUCAGGCCAGAUCUGCAGACCAGAGACAGAUAUCUUUGAAGAGUCCUGCCCAAGAUAGGGGAAGCUCCAGCCUGUCUGACCCUCCCACUGCCAACAUUCGCCCCACCCCAAGUACUCCAUCUCCUAGCAACAAGCCAAGCCCCUCCCCUGGUAGCAAGGCCACACCCCGUGCCAGCAUCCGGCCUAUGGUUACCCCGGCAACUGUCCCCAUCCCAACACCCACCGCCACUGUCAUGCCGACCACUCAGACUGACAGCCAAGAGGUGCUGAUGAGUACAGGAGCCUCUGUGCACUCUACCAGCUCCAGUCUGGUGAACACACCCCCAUCAAUAACUCAGCCAACCAGCACCCAGGCCACAGCCUUUGUCCAGCCCACCCAGCAGCAGGCAGCCAAUCAAGAUGCAGGCCCCAGUAUGGAUGCAGAGCGACCAUCUACUUCCUCCUCUGUGAUUGGAACAGCAGGUUCAAAGCGAGGCAGAGAGGACGAAGAAGAGGAGAGCAGACCAGAGAGUUCACACACCCCUCCGACCACUAAAAAACUACGACUAAAACCAACAAUGCCACUGCAGAUGGAAGAUGAUGAGGAGAUUGAAGGAGAGCUGAGGGAUGAGGGAGAACGACAGGAUUCACCAGAUGACAGUCGGGAGCUUCCAGAGGAGGGUUUCUCUGUCUUAGCUGAAGACGACGAGAACAUCGAGGAAGAAGGCGUGUCCCAGUCUGUCCCCUCUGAUCAGAUGUCCUCUCAGGGCUCCACUGUUAUUCGGGAUGUCAUCGUAAUCGACACGGACAGCGAGAGCCGUGAGAGCAAAGAGGGGGAGGAGAAGCGUGAGGACAAAGGUGAAGAGGAAGAUGAGGAGGAGGAAGAGGAGGAGGAGGAGGAAGAAGAAGAAGAAGAAGAAGAAGAAGAGGAGUAUAAGGAGGAAGAGGAAGAUGAUGAAGAUGAGGAUGAUGCUGGUGACAGCGGGAUGAGGGAAGUAGAGGAGAGAAAUGAGAACAGGGAGGCAGAAGAGGAGGGAGGUGAGGGGGAGUCAUCAGAAGCCCCCAACGCUGAGGAGAAUGUGUGUGGAGCCUCUACAGACUCCCAGGGUCCCUCUGAGCCAUCACACAGCAGUGAAGGCAGCAGUAGUGCCACAUCAGAGUCCGACCCCCCCAGAGACCCCAUACACCUCCCCCCAACCUCCUCCUCCUCUGCACCCUCCCCCUCCUCUUCUUCUCUCACACCCCGCCUGCCCCACCCACGUAGGCCCCCACACCCUCUCCCACCACGGCUCUACAUCCAACCUCCGGCUCCAGAGCUGGGACCCCCACACACACAGAGACAGCCCUCUCAGCUGCGCAGACCAUCAGUAGGACGCGGACCUCAACUAACCCCUGGAAUAGGCAGCAUGCAACAUUUCUUUGAUGAUGACGACAGAAUGGUACCCAGUACUCCCACUCUGGUAGUCCCACACCGCACUGAUGGCUUUGCUGAGGCUAUACAUUCUCCUCAAGUAGCAGGUCUGUCCACCAGGUUCAGGUUUGGACCUCCAGAGGACCUGCUGCCUCAGACAUCAUCCUCGCACUCGGACCUGGGACAGCUGGCCUCUCAAGGAGCUGUGUGUGUAGGUCUGGGGAUGUAUGAGUCUCCUCUGUUCCUGGCCGCUCAUGAUGAAGAUGGGGGAGGAAGGAGUGUCCCCACCACACCUUUACAAGUAGCUGCACCAGUGACGGUCUUCACAGAGUCUCUGCCCUCAGACAGUGGUGACAACAUGGCAUCCCAGUCCGUUCCCAUGGUAACCACCUCCACUGGGAUGGCUUCUGCUGGAGAUGAUGGAGAUGAAGUCUUCAUGGAGCAGGAAGGAGAGGGGAUGGAACCUCAUCGAACCGUUGUGUUUUCCAGUCCUGGUAUCGAAUCGUCUUUGGAGAGCCAAACAGACAUGGAGUCAACGGGACAGCAGAGUGAUGAUGCAUCACUGCCAUCUACCAGCCAAGACCCUGACACCAGCAGUGUUACUCAGCGGCGCACAGUAGCAAGUCAACCUCUGAUCAGCAGCCUGUCAGGCAGAGGAACCAGAGGAGGGAGAGUGGAGGCCAGGACAUUACUCAGCCGCAGAGGAACUUUCUCUCGAGGGGGAAGGGGAGGAGCCAUGGGCAGAGGGGGCAUCGCCUAAUGAUGAUGUCACCAGUAGCAACUCAUUAAUCUCAUCCAACAAAGAAAUAAAAGAUAAAGCAUAGUUCCCGGAUAAUUUUUUGUUGAAUAUUGAGAUAUUCACUAUAUCAACAAAUCAACUGUCCAAUCAAAAUCAAUAAUCACACUAUUACAAGAGAGGUAUGACAGCUUUGUAUGUGUGUGUUCCUUUCUCUGAGAUAUGUAAGGUCACAUUGCUUGUGAAUUUUUAGUUGUUUUGUAAUUUUGUUUCACAUGUAUUCAUGAGAGCAGUCCUGGUUUUGUAAUUGUGAUUUGCGCUGUCUUUGGGCUGUUAAUACACUUGUUUUAAUAAUAAAGUUGAAUAAUGAGCAGCA